GCGGGUUUCUUUCCGCGUAGUGAGGGUCACUACGAAACCCAACAUAUAUAUAGACCACACCCCUUAUGUGAGAACUCUAAUUUAUAUGAAAACAAAUCUAGACCAUUGAUCAAAUUGAAUCUAACCAUCCAAAAGAAACAUAGUAAUGGCAUUUUCGUAAUUUUCUGAAUUUGAAUUACACCUCCUUCUCUCUUUGCUAUUCUUCUUGACUUUCAUGUUCAACAUCUCUUUCUCCUCAAACUUUCAAACCUCUUGUCUUUCUCUCUCCUCAAAUUCCAAAAUUGAACACAAAUUGCUGCAAAUUGAAGAAUUUUUGUUCAAAUUCUGCAUAAACAACCUAAAUUGCUCAAUUCAGGGUUCAAAGUUUGGCGAUUUUAGGGCUGGAAUUUCAGCGAUUUUAGUGUCCGAAUUUCAGCGAUAUUAGGUAAUUUCAGCGCUACUCUUGAUUAUUAUUGUUUGAUUUUUUUUCGUCAUUUUACCAUUUUUUUUGUGCGAUUUAUGUGUGGUUUUGUUGGGCGAUUUUUUGUGGCAUUUUUUUUAUUGUUGGUGUCGUUGUUGUUGUGCUCGACAGUCAAGUAAUGUAGAUUGAAUUAAGGAUAAUUGGUGUCGUUGUUGUUGUGCUUUUUUAUUGUUCGUGGUAAUGGUCUUCCAGGUUUCCUGUGGUCUUUCAUUGUGGUUGUUGUGGUUAUACCUUAUUAGGAUUCUGUAACUGCAAUGGUGGCAAGUGGAUCAUCCGAUUCAAGAAGGCUGUUUCUAGGCGCUUCUGGGAAGACCUGUUCAAGAUAUACUUGCAAGAGAAUGACCACGCUACUGCUAUAACUCAAAUUUAAGCUAUGAUGGGCUGCACUGACUUCACUACAGAAUUCCUUUCACUUGCAGCACAUGAAGCUGUUGCAUGUCGUGCACUUGAAGUUGCUGUUUUCUCUUUGCAUGAUCUCCUCAACAUCUACACAUCUGGAAAACCAAUGCCAGUAGCUGAGAUAGUUGUGAUCCGCACCACUCUGGCAAUCCUUGUUCAAGAAUCUGGUCAUGAGCUUGAUGUCUUGAAAUAUAUGAAGAGAGCCCAAACUAGGAUGACUAAGCUAGGGCAUGAUAAUUUCUUUGGGAAAGGCGAGGUUGGAAGGCGAGAACGAAACUGGAUUGCAGCAAAAGCAUGGAAUGCAGGGACACGAGUAGGGGUGGAAGAAAGUUAUGAAUUUUGUGAAGAAUUUUUGGCUUUGGCAGCUGAAUUCUAUAAUGUUAAGAUUGACAGGGACACAGAAAGAAACAACUAACUAUUUGACAAAUGAAUGAUUAAAGAAAUGUUUGCUCAUUUGACAAAUGAGCAACUAAU